CCGCAACACUCCGCGAUAAGUGACACUCUGGGAGGGGAAGCAGAACAAACUGUAAGCUGCUGGCGGAUCCAUCUUGCUAGAAAAAGAAGCGAGGGUGAAGGCUUUUCUUCAGUUUAGUCUCUAAAAUACUGUAUCGGCCCUCGUUAACCGCGCUGGGGAGCCCGAGGAGGGGCUGUGCCGCUGUUUGUAGGAUGUCCCGACAUGAGGGUGUGAGCUGUGAUGCAUGUUUGAAAGGGAACUUUAGAGGAAGACGGUUCAAGUGUUUAAUUUGCUACGACUACGACCUGUGUGCAUCGUGCUACGAGAGCGGAGCCACGACAACACGACACACCACAGAGCACCCCAUGCAGUGUAUAUUAACCAGGGUAGACUACGACUUGUAUUAUGGAGGAGACACGUUUUCAGUAGAGCAACCCCAGUCCUUCACAUGUCCUUACUGUGGCAAGAUGGGCUACACAGAGACGUCCCUACAGGAGCAUGUCACCUCCGAACAUGCAGAGACUUCUACAGAGGUGAUCUGUCCAAUAUGUGCUGCCUUGCCAGGAGGGGAUCCCAACCACGUCACCGACGACUUUACAGCUCACCUCACACUUGAACACAGAGCGCCAAGAGAUUUAGAUGAGUCCAGCAGCGUUCGACAUGUACGCAGGAUGUUCCACCCUGGACGAGGACUGGGCGGGCCCAGAGCACGGCGGACUAAUAUGCACUUUACUAGCGGCUCCACGGGGGGGCUCUCCUCCUCCUCAUCGCAGAGCUCCACUUACACCCCCAGCAACAGAGAGGCAAUGGACCCAAUCGCAGAGUUGUUGUCUCAGCUGUCAGGUGUGCGGCGUGCGGCGGGGGGGCAAAUAAACUCAUCGGGGCCUUCAGCCUCGCAGCUCCAGCAGCUCCAGAUGCAACUGCAGCUGGAGCGGCAGCAGGCUCAGGCCGCACGGCAGCAGGUGGAGACGGGCCGCCACGCGACACGGCGCGGCAACAACCAAGGCAAUGCCAUCCCUCCGCCCAACACGGCGACUGCCAACACUGCCGCCGCGGGUGAAAACAAUCCCUCGUCCUCAUCCCACAGCUCCCAGUUCCUAUUAGCACGGUUGAAUGACCCUAAGAUGUCCGAAGCGGAGCGGCAGUUUCUAGAAGGAGAGCGCGCCGACCGCAGCCUGUUCGUCCAGGAGCUGCUUCUGUCCACGCUGAUGCACGAAGAGAGCUCCUCCUCCGACGAGGACGAGCGCCGAGACUUCGCCGACUUCGGGGCCAUGGGCUGCGUGGAUAUCAUGCCUUUAGACGUGGCGCUGGAGAACCUCCAGCUUAGAGAGCACAGCUUUAUGGUGAAGGAGCCUCCGCCGCCGCCUCUUUGAUGUCCGAGCAUCACGCAGACUGUGUCCUCUCUGCUGCAACUGUCAGUGAUGGGCAGACAACGGCGGCAGUCCUCCCCUCCCCCUCCCCCCUCUGUUUUCUUAGUUUGUUUUUUCGGUGAUUGUAAUUUUAAGGCCUGUCACCAUUUUUGUUACAUUGUAAACAAAAAAUAAAUGAGAGCAAGUGGGAUAAAUGUGCGAGUGCGCAAUAGCAACUGAGUGAGCGAGCGAGAGAAGAGAAAUCUAUAAAUAUCUAUAUAUAUAUAUAUAUAUAUAUAUAUAAAAUAUAUAUGAAGUUGAUAAUCAAUCCACAUUUCUUUUCUUUAUCAGGUAAAUGUUACAGGCGGCUGUGCAGACCUUUUGCUUCCUGUGACAUGCAAACGUCUCUCCGUAUAAAUCCUCCACAUUCAAACGUCCAGAGGUCGAAGAUGAAGCUCUGAUGAAGCUGCUGUGUGUGUGUGUUUAUGACUAUUAAUAAAUAAAAAGUGCUUGGAUGGGUUACCAUAACUACUGCAUGCAGUUAUUUGCAGCGUGCAUGACUUUUAAUGACCCCCGUCAUUAAAACUUUAAAAAACUAUAUAUAUAUAUAUCCCAAAGCUUCUCAACUGUUUUUAAAUGGAUAUUUCAAACAUGCUUAAGUAUUUGGAAUUUUAGUAGUUUACAAAACUGAAAUUGAACCCGUAACCACGUAUCCUGUUUCUUUAAAUGAGUCUUUAUAACGAAGGGAAAUCAAUUGGCUUCAGCUCCUGAAAGACCUUUUCUCUGAGGCGACUGUCUGAACAUGUCAACGGCUGCAGAGCAUCCGGUUCAGAGGAGCAGAAGAAGAAAAGGGAGCUCGUCUCUGGUUUAGUUUUUUUCUGAGAUAUUUAUGUUUAGUGAUAAGCUGUUUAGGCACAGUAUACUUUAUGAUUUAUAGAUAAGUACAGACGCCCAACUGAAGAGUACCCAUUGCUCCUUCACACUAGUUUGUGGAGUUCACUCUGCUUCUGUUCAGGCCCGGGGUCAGACCUUUACAUGGCCUGUGUGAAUCUCUUAUUUUCUUCUGCUAGGCUUAGCACUUUCUAUUUAUUCACGUUUGUUUUUUUCUUAUUCUUUUGAGCCUUGAUCUGAGUCAUGCCACCUUCAUGCCGAUACUUUUACCCUCUGUGAAGUACUUUGAGAUGUAUAUGGAAUUUGUGCGUUCAUUUUCAUAAUGGUUCCGAGACUUGGGCAGAUGGUUUUUUUAAAAAUGUAAAUUUAGAAUACAAUAAAUAUACACUGCGCACAGCUUUUGAUGAAACCAAGAGACCAUCACACUAUCGCACCUUGUGUUGUUGUGAUUCCUCGGAUGUUUGUGUUUAGCCGGCACGGUUUCAUGAUCUGUUGGUACAUAAAACUUAAAAUCUUUACGUAUGCUUGAAAAGUGAGGAUGGGAAUAUUUACAACUCUUAACAUGUUACUUUAACCCUCCUAUUUAGCAUGUAUAAGUAUAUAAACAGUUAAUAUUGAGAUACAACACACUAUAAUGUAAUUGUAAGCCAAUGUUUAUUUAUGUACUAACUCCUGUGGGAAUUCAUAAGUGGAGGCUCAAAUAUACUUUAAUAAGAGAAUUUAUAAUUGUUGACAAAUGUUGCACAUUAAACACUUCAAAUGAUCUCUCUUUACAGCUAUAUUAUAUUGUGUUAUAAACCAUUUAUUAAGUGUGUAACUACUGAUUAUAAAUGCUAAAUAAGUGGGGGGUUUAAACUAAAGUGUUACUGUAAACUUUGUCUACAUAUAACAUGUAGUAUAGUAUGAAAGCAGACACUAAGAAAUCAAUAACAACAUAUACAUACUCCACUGAGUGGUGUGAAUGAAUGAGAGACAAAUAUAUAUUAUAUUUAUUCUUCCUGCAGCAGAUACUCUGAAGCUUCCCUCUGAGCGUCGGUAUGUGAAAGACGUCCCACCAGAGUGUGGAGAUCCUUACCACUAACACGACACCGAGGUAGGUUACACACCACGUAGCUUCACUUUCUUUCAACUUGUCUUAGUGUGUGUUAACUGUGACAAUAUAACACCACGGAAAUACUUGUCCUAGCUGUCCUUGUCACUCCUCAGUAGUUAUUGUUAGAAACAAAUGGUGCCCAUGAGAUGCCUUUCACAACACAUGUUGGCUCUUAAAGUGGCCCCCAAACAGUCAGUCACACCUUAGCGGCCAAUCUGCCAAUGUGUUGUGUUCAGAUUAGCCGGAGAGGACAAGCCAUCGGUCAAACACUGUAAGACAGCCAUCUGGAAUUUUGAAUGCUGGGAUUGUUUUACACAAUAAAGGCCUCUGGUUGGAUGUCCAGACACAUCCUGCAAAAUGCAACACUGCGUAACAAGUCCAAUAACAAAACGUUAGUUGAAAAUACAGAAAGAUAAUGGAUUGAAUCUUCACAUUGAUCCCUAAAGAGUCACAAUUGACAAGAUAAAUCACAUAUUUCCUCUAAUAUUUGCCUAUUUCUAUUCUUUGGGCCUCAAACAGUUGUUGAAAUGAAACAAUUUGAGAAGUUUAGAUGCCAGAGAGACCUCUGUAACAUGACAAGGAGCCCCAACUAUACAUCGUUUUGAAU